CGCCACCGGUUGCGCACCUGAUGUUGUUUUCGCCGAUCGUGUCCAAUCGUCGGAUGUGAUUAUCCAAUUGUGAUCCAAUCGAACAGGCGAGAGCAGUCAGCGGACGGUGUUCAUAUUCAAGUGCGACUGAGCUCAACUUUUCGAAAUGUGUAGUCUUCUAAGCCCCAGUUGGAUAAACUGGGCCGGACUGGUCACGGCUUCGAGCAACUUGUUGAUGAUGGCGAUGAUAGCGAUUAUCUUCGCGAGCUCCAGCUUCCUCGAUAUGACGAAGAAGCUCAAAGACGAAGAAAAGACCAUCAAGAAGUUUUCCUCAAAAUAUACUAUCGUCGCGAUGUGUUCCCCCCUGAUCCUUUCGUGUUACCUCGUAGGUGUUUACGUGGGGAUCAAAACUUCCGGGGAGGAAAACCUCAGCAGGGUUUUCCGAUUCGUUGCAGUCUGGAUCGGAUUGUUCCCGUUGGCGUCGGCAGUGGCUCGAAUUUCGCGCUUCAUCAUUCCGGGAUUCAUGGUCAAGAAUCAGGAGUAUCACGCGCUCAUGGAGAGCAAGACAGGGAGCCACAAGAUUAUUGAUAUGAGUUUCGAUCGAUUCGAAAUCUUCGGCAUCAUCGUCGCGGGCGCUAUCGGGGGCUGGUAUCUGAUGACCCACCAUUGGAUCGCCAAUAAUUUCUUCGGGCUCGCACUCGCUCAUGUCGGAAUCACAGAGAUCCUCGCCUGCGUGUGGAACGUCGAAAUCGGAGCGAUGCGACUGAACUCCAUCGCGAUUAACUGCAUCGUCCUCUGUGGCCUCCUGGUCUACGACGUGUUCUGGGUUUUCCGGACCGAAGUGCUGAAGACUGUCUCGAGUCUCCAAUGUCCGAUCACAAUUGUUUUCCCUUAUGACUCGCUCGAGCAUGGCUACUGGAUCGAACGCUCCAUGAAGCUCGGGUUGGGCGACAUAGUCGCACCGGGAACUCUCAUAGCUCAAAUGCUGCGUUACGAUCUCGACAAGAAAAGCGGCUCGAAGCUCCUGUACUUCGGUGUAACGUUCGCUUCUUACGUUUUGGGUUUGAUUUUGGCAUUCGCCGUGUGUGUAGGGUACCAGAACGGCCAGCCCGCGCUGCUAUAUAUCGUCCCGCUCUGCCUCAUCGUCCCGCUAUGCGUCGCCCUCAUCAGAGGUGAAAUCGCCUCAUUGUUGCUCAAUCGAGACCCAGUGGCCGAGGGCGAGAACGACGCAAAUGCUUCCCUCGUGGAGCGAGAGCAGAACUUGCAGAGAGACGACGAAGACCCGCCCAGCUGUUCAGAGGCUCCGGAAAAUGAAGAUUUCGGAGCUGGUGCCGAUGAGCCCUCCGAUCCUACCCUGGGCCCGAAUUCUCCGAUGGUAUCCGAAGAAAACUCUAUAUACAUCCAGGGCUGAGAUUCAUGCCAUGUGGAGAAUUUAAUGUCCGACAUAUAUGUGGAUGAGGCUCGUAGGAGUCCGGGUUCUUUGCGUGAAGGAGAGUGGAGGGUUCACUGAUGAGAGCGCCAGCGUACUCUGAUUCCACGUAAUCCUUGUCAAGUAUCAGAGAGUUUUACACAUUGUUCAAUGAUGAAUUGUAAUUAUGAUGAUUGUGAAGCAGAUGCAUGGAGAGACUUUUAAAUGUAAUCUACGUUUGUAUAUGACAACGAGGAAUUGAACCUACCCGCGAUCGAGCGGCGUAUAGAUACCGAAAUAAAUUACCCCCGCAGAGGAGGAUGAUAUCCAGCGCGGAAAAGUU